AUGGAUCUGAGGGAGGAACUGGCCAGAUUAAUGAGGCCCUUGCACCUGGAUCCACACCUUGCAGCUGCAGAUAAUCAGCUACCCCAGCUGCAGAUAGCAGCAGCCCCAAACAACCCACUGAAGAUAAGGAGUGGGAGGAGGACAAGGCAGACAACAAACAGCCUGGAGGUCACCCGGGGGAUGGUGAAGAAGAUGGUCCAGGAAGCUGCGCGAAUUUGUGAGGAUACCAGAACCCGUGAACGCCUGAGAACUGCCGUCUCCCUGGCCUGCGCCACCCUCAUCCUGAGCUUCCUGCAGUUAAUGGCGACCUACGCGCAUAACUGGCUGCAAAUGAGGCCCAUCCCCAGCAUUCCCUACGCCUACCCCUUCCUGGGACACGGGCUAAUGGUGGAGCGAGGAGGGAAAGAGUUUUUCCAGCAGGUGAUUUAUUACACUGAACAAAACAGACAUGUGCCAAUGCUAAAGGCCUGGCUUGGCACAGUACCAGUAAUAGCCAUGUAUAAGGCCGAAACUAUAGAGGUAAUUUUAACUAGCUCAAAGCAAAUUGACAAGUCUUAUCUGUACACAUUCCUACAACCAUGGCUUGGCCUAGGACUUCUUACCAGGGCUCCUGAGAAGCCGUACCCACUGCCAGGGCUUCGAGCAGAGCCAACCUGCCAGGAAGGGCAGAGGGAAGAAGGAGCAGGAACAGGGAAGACAGCUAUGGGCAAGAAUAUUGAUGCUCAGACUCAUGAUGAUUCUGAGUAUGUCCGUGCAGUUUAUAGGAUGACUGAUUUACUACAUCGAAGAAUGAAGACGAUUUGGUUCUGGCAUGAUGUAUUGUACCUUUUGUUUAAAGAUGGAAGGGACCACAAAAGGAACCUAAAGAUCUUACAUAAUUUUACCACCAAUGUCAUCAAUGAACGGGCUAAUGAAAUAAAGAGAUAUGAAGAACGUAAAAGUGAUGAUAAGGGCAUGACCCUCUCCAAAAGAAAACACAAGGCCUUUCUCGACCUACUUUUAAAUGUGAUGGAUGAUGAAGGGAACAAGCUAAGCCAUGAGGCUAUUCGAGAAGAAGUGGACACUUUCAUGUUUGAGGGCCAUGAUACAACUGCAGCUGGAAUAAACUGGGCCUUGUACCUACUGGGUUGCUAUCCAGAAGUCCAGAAAACAUUGGACAGUGAACUGGAGGAAGUGUUUGAGACACCAUAUAAUCUGUGUGCUCAAUGUACAGAGAAAGGAGGAAGAAAGCUGGAAUUCUGUGCACUACUGCGCGGGCUGAGCCUCCAGCCUCCAGCGGAGCAAGGUAAGCAGAAGGUUUUUCUUUCCCACGGAGCACAGGGGCAUUGACUCCACAUAGUGUUUGUUGAGUCAGGAAGGGAUGAAAGUGAAUUUGGACUUGUGUGCAUCCAUAUAAGCCUAACCAAUGCACACAGACACCAGGGGGAUGAGAGCAUGAGUGGGGGUGG